CGUGAGGGAGGGCUGCGUAGCGCUCAGAUCACCUCGAGCAAGUGAGGAGGACCUCUUGCUGGCACAAGGCUGCGAGGAGCAACAGGGACCGGCAGAGAUCAAUGGCAUGCCUUCCCGUCUCGAGACAGCGAGCACGAGGCGCGAGUGAUGAUGUGUGCCCAGCAGCGCUGCAGCCCUUAGCAGCCUGCAGACCCGAGCUUCCAGAGACAGGCAUCCAAUCGUCGAUGCGCCGCUGUCAAGCUGCUCAAGGACAUGUCAGCCAGAGAGGCGGCAGGCUGGCAGCCCCCAGCACGCCCGCAUGCCGUCGCCUCCCGCCGCACACGAAAGAUCUCCGGCGCCGAGAGCGGGCACGGGCUUCUCUCGGCGCUCGCUGUCGGCGCUUCAAGCAGCGGCAGCGUCUCGCCCUCGCUCGCUCGUUGCUGCGCAAGAGGGAGAUGCGCUUCCGCCUGUUUGCCCGAGCUGCCGGCGUCUGCACGAGCGCCGCAGCGCUGCGCCCUCCGCCAAAGGACCUCGCCUCGUGCUGCGUCUGCGCUGCGCCCGCCUCGCUCGGCUCUUCCGCCAGCCGUGGCUGCGGCCAUGGCAGCCUCAGCGCAGAUGCGGCUGCGGCGUGCGCUGCUCGGUUGAUUCUCGCUCUUCGCUGCGACGCCGAGCGUGGAGCUCCCAGGUCGCUGCGGCGGCGGCCAGAGGCUCGCACGACAUCGAUCUGCCGCCCGGCCCGGGAUCUGCGCUGCUGCUUGCCGAGGCUGCUCUCCGUGCCGCAUGUGGGCGUGCCGCGUGGUGAGGCGCGGCCUGCUGCAGACGCAGCGCCCAGACAGGCGUUCCUGAGCUGGUCUGGAUCUUCGAGACGGGCCUGCGCUCGCAGUCGCAGCGGUAGCAUGACGAUUCUUCGCUGGUGCUGGCUCUGCAGAUGCGAUGCCGCUGUGCUGCAGCUGCAAAGGCUGCGCUGCACGACGGUCUCAAAAUAUCGCGCUUCCGACGGCGCUUCUGCGAGUCUGGCGACGCUCGAAGCCGGAAGGCCCAGCUCUGCCGCUCGGGCUUGCGCUGCUGCGCCAAUUGAAGCGCAAGCCAGAGCCGCAGCGGCAGGAGCCAAGCGGCAGUCGACGCUCCGAUGCCGCCGGUUUGUGGUGCUAGGGCGACCUCAGGGCGUAGUGCGCGCCGCCUGAUGCUGUGCUCGCGGCUGAGCCUCUCUCUCUCUGCAGCCGAGCGGAGAGGAGAGAGGCCCGGAAUACCCCCAGCUGCGGGCGCAAGGCUCCGACGAUGGCCCAGAGCGCAGCGGCAGGCUGGGCAGGACGAGGUGGCAUGCCGACGGCGGAGCGGGCCGCGUAAGAGAUCGAUAGG